ACAGAGCACAGACGUGCGCAUUGGUAGUUUCAGUCGAGGUAUAAAACCUACUGCCAAGAAAGACUGGUCCUGUUCUUUUUUCUUUUUUUUGUUUUGCCAAAAGUACAGUAAUCUAUAUCGCAACAUGUUCGCUAAGGUGCUUGUCUGCUGUCUCUUCGCCUACGCGGCUGCUGGAGUUGUUGAGCAAUACCCACCCCAGCCAUACAGCUUCAGCUACGACAACACCGACGAGUUUGGUACCCGCAGCUUCCAGGAAGAGACCGGUGACUCUAGCAAUGGCAAGGUCGGAUCCUACACCUACACCGACGCCACCGGCCUGACCCGAACCGUCAAGUACGUCGCCGACGCCGCCGGUUUCCGCGCCACCAUCGAGACCAACGAGCCAGGCACCAAGACCUCUAACCCAGCCGGCGCCCAGUACAUCUCUUCCGCCAUUGAGGGCCCAGCUCCAGUCGCCGUCAAGGCCCCUGUCGCCGUGCACGCCGUCAACGCUGCUCCAGUUGUGCACGCUGUGCGCGCCACGCCAGUGGUUCACGCAGUGCACGCCUCUCCAGUGUCCUUCCAAGCCGCUCCAGUCUCCUUUGCCCUCUCUCACGCUCCCCUCACUUACACUCUUGGCCGUGCCAAGAGCGCCUGAGGUGAACGCUAGUUAGGUAGACAAAGUAUUAUCGAGGGUAUCUUUUUAUUCCGCAACUUACGACACUGCCCUGAGCAAUGCCGAAACUCCGCUAGUUUCAAAGUAUGCGUUCGAGAGUGUCUG